AUGGGUUCUUCUUCUUUAAUGGCCUCCCUUGUUUUUGCAGCUUUGGUGGUAGCUCUAAGCUUCCGAUCCACAACCUCUCAACACUAUGACUACUCUCCUCCACCUCCGGUUUAUUAUUCUCCUCCACCGCCGAGCUACUACUAUACGCCACUGCCUGUUUAUUACUCCCCUCCGCCUCCGAAGAAUGACUACGACUACAAGUCUCCACCGCCACCAAAAAAGAACGAAGAUAAAUCACCUCCACCACCGUCACCAAAGAAGUCACCUCCACCACCACCAAAGAAGAAGUCGCCUCCUCCGCCACCACCAAAGAAGUCGCCACCACCACCAAAAGAAACCGAUUACAAGUCGCCUCCUCCCCCGCCGUCUCCUUACUACUAUUAG